AUGAACCAACAGCAACACGAACCUUACCGCCGCCGGAGACCCGCGCUCUCAUGUCUUGAAUGUCGGCGGCGCAAGCUCAAGUGUGACCGAAGUAACCCUUGCGGCCGCUGCGUCUCGACCGAGACACAGUGCAACUAUAGGAUCCAUCAGGAGAAGCCCGGAGGCAGGCAUCGGCAAACUCGCCGAAUAUCCAGCUCGUCGGUGCCAAGCCCGCCAGCUGUCCAUCCAGCCUCGCCUUUGUCACAUGUCGACCUAAUCAGGCAUACUACGAGUACUACUUGUAACGUCACUACGAGUACGAGUAAUAGGACGGCAUCAGAUCAUGGCGGCCGAGAAAAUGAGACACUCAAUGCUGCGGCAUCGACGCUCGGGCCAAAUGACUUGUCGAAUACACCAGGUGCAAAUGAGAUCCAAAAUCCGACUCGCCCCCGGUUCGUGGAUCCCGAGCUCCAUCAUCUCAGGGAGCGGGUACGGAGACUUGAGCGGUCCCUUGUACAUGUUCCCGUACACGAUAUAUCCCAGGCCGGCAGAGAUGUCCUCGCUGGUGAGUCGGGUAUGCCGGACGCCCAAAUCAUCUUGAAUAAAACAAGAAUUAUGAGAUGGAGCCACUGGGUUGGCAUAGCUAAAGAGUUUGAACCCAUCAUCUCCUGCUACGGAGCAAUCUGCGGUUUUGGAGACAUUAACUCGUUCAAGAGCGCUGAAACCAGAGCUCUGAUCGUCGAGACCAGCGGCUUGCUCCAAAAGUGCAAAAGCGUAGCUAGAACCCUCAAGAUUGGACGGCCUAGUAGAUGCCUUUCAUCGCUGAAUUUUGAUCUGACGCCCCCUUCCCGUGAAGUGGCAGACAAGAUGGCAGUCUUGUAUUUCCAAUCAUUUGAGUCAACACACCGGAUUUUGCACGGGCCCACCUUUUGGAGAGUAUACGAGAGGUUCUGGAGUAACCCCGAGAGUGCUUCAGGCAUACUACGCCUUCAGGUGCUUCUCGUGAUUGCCAUAGGGUCCAGUUUGGCUCCGCAUGUGGAAUCCGAUUCCGGACUUCGCCAACAGGUGCAUCAAUGGAUAUACGCAGCUGAAACCUGGCUCUCUGGGCCACUGGAAAAGGAUCGUCUCAACAUCUCCGGGCUCCAGAUACAUUGUUUGGUGAUGCUUGCUCGGCAAGUCUUUUCCAUCGGAGGGGAGUUCAUUUGGGUUUCGUCGGGGUCGCUCAUCCACCGGGCGAUGCAGAUUGGUUUGCAUCGGGACCCCAAACAUCUCCCUCCUAUGUCCGUAUUGCAGGCGCAGCUGCGUAGAAGAUUAUGGGCCACAAUCCUGGAACUAGUGGUUCAAUCGUCUCUCGAUUCGGCAUUGCCUUCAAGGAUCUCUUUCGAUGAAUUUGAUACUGAGCCGCCGGCUAAUAGUAAUGACAACGAGAUAGGAGAAUCAGCCACUGAACUGAAGCCUCACCCCAAGGAAACCUUUACCGGGACAUCUAUGCAGAUCAUCCUCCUUGACUCGCUCCCAACACGCCUUCGAAUACUCAGUCUCCUGAACGGUCUAAACUCCGAGCUGUCUUAUCUAGAUGUGCUUGACUUGAGCGCGGAUAUUCUCCAAACUUGUCGUCAAUGGAAUACCUUUGCAAGAGAAAACAAAGCAUCUGGCGUCACCCCCUUUCAUCAGAAUUUACUCGACUAUCUUUUACGCCGUUUCUUGAUUCCGCUCCAUUGUCCCUUUGCUAAUAAAGCGCGGGUGAACCCGUUAUUCCAUUAUUCACUCAAGGUUAGCAUAGACACCGCCAUGACCAUAGCAUCUCCUGAGCCAGAUGAAGGAUUCUUCAAUCUUAUGGCGAUUGGAGGGGGAUUGUUCAAAGAGGGCAUCCGAUAUGCCACAAGCAUAAUUAGUCUCGAGCUUCUCGCCCAAGUCGAAACUCAGUAUCUCGACGGAGCAUUACACCGCAACUCACAUUACAUAAAUCCGCUUAAGAAGGCUAUAGCAGAAAUGACUUCCCAAUCAUUAGAGCGGAUCCGGCAAGGAGAGACAAAUGUCAAGAGCCACAUGUUCUUAUGCAUGAUCACGGCUCAAGCGGAAGCCACGGAAGAAGGCAUAUCUGGCGAAGGGCGUGUUGCGAAGGGUGCGAGGGAUAGUAUUUCGUUGUGUCUGGAACUGUUGCAGAAUCGUCUGGGUACCACUUCUCUGUCAAUACCUACGCCGGAUGUCGAAUCUAUCAUUGGUGAAAGAGAUGACUACACAUAUGGAUUGGAUUUUGACAUGGACUUCUUCUUGGCGGAAACAGGCUUUUCUUGA